AUGGCGCCUUGUGCCCCAACCCCUCCUGUGACUGUCUGUCCUGGUUGUGCCUCCAGACUCGUGGUGGAAGCCCCCCUGGAGGUGGUCGCAGUCAACAAAACAGGACGUUUGUACGACUGCCUGGCUGCCACCGGCUUGUGUCGGCCCAUCUUGCUGAAUACACCCCCAGAGGCCGUGAACACGUCCUUGGGCCUGUCCCUGGUGGCCUCCACCGAUCUCUCCUGGCUGCUGGCCUGCGGCCCGACCAUGCACAGAGCCUGUGGGGAGAACAUGUAUGCAAAAGGCGCUUGCCUCCUGCUGGGCUCCCACCUGCAGAUCAUCCGGACAGUCCCCGCCACCCCAGAGUGUCCAAAUCAAGAGAUAGACAUUGUCUUCCUGAUUGAUGGCUCUGGCAGCAUUGACCGAAAUGACUUUAAACGGAUGAAGAACUUUGUCAGAGCUGUGAUGGACCAGUUCAAGGGCACCCACACACUGUUCUUGCUGAUGCAAUACUCAAACCUUCUGAAGACCCACUUCACCUUCAGCCAAUUUCAGACCAGCCGGAGCCCUCAGAGCCUGGUGGAUCCCAUCGUCCAACUGGGUGGCCUGACGUUCACAGCCACAGGCACCCAGACAGCGGUGAAAGAACUAUUUCACAGUAAGAAUGGGGCCUGUAAAACUGAAGACUCCCUGAAAUACAGCGACGUCAUCCCCCAGGCAGACAGAGCCCGCAUCGUCCGCUAUGCCGUUGGGGUGGGAGAUGCUUUCCAGGAUCCCACUGCCAGGACGGAGCUGAACAUCAUUGGCUCAGUGCCUUUGGAGGACCACGUGUUCAAGGUGGACAACUUUGCAGCACUCAGCAACACCCAGAAGCAGCUGCAGGAGAAGAUCUUUGCAGUCGAGGGAACGCAGUCAAAGACAAGUAGCUCCUUCUAGCAUGAGAUGUCUCAAGAAGGCUUCAGUUCCGUCCUCACAACGGAUGGACCAGUUCUGGGGGCUGUGGGGAGCUUCAGCUGGUCUGGAGGUGCCUUCCUGUACCCUCCAAAUAGGAGCCCCACCUUCAUCAACAUGUCUCAGGAGCACGCGGACAUGAGUGACUCUUACCUGGGUUACUCCACAGAGCUGGUUGUUUGGAAGGGGUUACACAGCCUGGUCCUGGGGGCCCCCCGCCAUCAGCACACCGGGAAGGUUGUCAUCUUCACCCAGGUGUCCGGGCAAUGGACGCCGAAGGCUGAAGUCACAGGGACCCAGAUCGGCUCCUACUUCGGGGCCUCCCUCAGCUCCGUGGACGUGGACAGAGAUGGCAGCUCCGACCUGGUUCUCAUCGGGGCCCCCCAUUACUAUGAGCAGAGCCGGGGCGGGCAGGUGUCCGUGUGCCCCUUUCCUCGGGGGAGGGCUAAGUGGCAGUGUGGUGCUGUCCUGCGAGGGGAGCAAGGCCACCCCUGGGGCCGCUUUGGGGCAGCUCAGACGGUGCUGGGGGAUGUGAACGGGGACAGGCUGACGGACGUGGCCAUCGGGGCCCCGGGAGAGCAGGAGAACCGGGGUGCUGUCUACCUGUUUCACGGAACCUCGGGACUGGGGAUCAGCCCCGUCCACAGCCAGCAGAUUGCAGGCUCCCAGCUCUCCCCCAGGCUCCAGUAUUUCGGGCAUUCACUGAGCGGGGGUCAGGACCUCACCCAGGAUGGACUGGUGGACCUGGCCGUCGGGGCCCAGGGGCACGUGCUGCUGCUCAGGAGCCUGCCGGUGCUGAACGUGGAGGUGGCUAUGAGAUUCACGCCCCCGGAGGUGACAAAGUCUGUGUACCAGUGCUGGGAAGAGCUGCCCACCGCCCUGGAAGCUGGGGACGCCACAGUCUGUCUCUACAAAAGCUCACAGGACCAGCUAGGUGAUGACGUCCGAAGCUCUGUCAUGUACGAUCUGGCAUUGGGCCCAGGUCGUCUGAUUUCUCGUGCCAUUUUUGAUGAGACCAAGAACUGGACUUUGACUCGAAGAAAAACCCUAGGGUUGGGAGAGCACUGUGACACCAUGAAGCUGCUUCUACCAGACUGUGCGGAGGACCCCAUCAUCCUGCAACUCAACUUCUCCCUGGUUGGGAAGCCCAUCUCCUCAUCUCAGAACCUGCGCCCUGUGCUGGCUGUGGGCUCACAGGACCGCUUCACUGCUUCUCUCCCCUUUGAGAAGAACUGUGGGCAAGGGGACCUGAGUGUCAGCCUCAGCUUCUCAGGCCUGCAGACCCUGGUGGUGGGGAGCUCCCUGGAGCUCAAUGUGACAGUGACCGUGUGGAAUGAGGGUGAGGAUUCCUAUGGAACUGUGAUCAGCUUCUACUAUCCAGCAGGGCUGUCCUAUCGACGAGUGUUAAGAAUCUAGCAACCCCAUCAGCAUCCCCUGCGCCUGGCAUGUGAGGCAGUGCCCACUGGGAAUGAGGGCCUGAGGAGCAGCAGCUGUAGCAUCAACCACCCCAUCUUCCAAGAGGGCACUAAGGGCACCUUCAUAGUCACAUUUGAUGUCUCCUACAAGGUCACCCUGGGAGACAAGUUGCUUUUGAGGGCCAAUGGAAGCAGUGAAAAUAAUAAGCCUACAUCCAACAACACUACCUUCCAGCUGGAGCUCCCAGUGAAAUAUGCUGUCUGCACAGUGAUCAGCAGGCAGGAAGAAUCCACCAAGUACUUCAAUUUUUCAGCUUCUGACCAGAAGAGCAGAAAAGAGGCCGAGCAUCGAUAUCGUGUGAGUAACCUGAGUCAGAGAGAUCUGGCCAUCAGCAUUCAUUUCUGGGUCCCAGUCCUGCUGAAAGGUGUGGCUGUGUGGGAUUUGGCUAUGGUGGCCCCUUCAUGGAGUCUCCCCUGUGUGUCAGAGAGGGAACCUCCCCAGCAACCUGACUUCCAGACCCAGAUUCCAAGCAGUCUCGUGCUGGACUGCUCCACUGCUGCCUGCCUGAGGUUCUGCUGUGACAUCCCCUCCUUUGGCAUCCAGGAGGAACUUGACUUUAUUCUGAAGGGCAACCUCAGCUUCGGUUGGGCCAGCCAGACUUUGCAGAAGAAGACACGUGUCGUGAGUGUGGCUGAAAUAAUUUUCAACAGAUCCGUGUAUUCCCAGCUUCAAGGACAGGAGGCAUUCUUGAGAGCCCAGGUGGAGAUGGUGCUAGAAGAGUAUGAGGUCUAUAACCCCAUCCCCCUCAUUGUGAGCAGCUCUGUGGGAGGACUGCUGCUGGCUCUCAUCACAGCUACACUGUACAAGUGUGGCUUCUUCAAACGUCAAUACAAAGAAAUGAUGGGUGACAACCCUGAAGACACUGUCACAUUCAAUGGGGAGUAUCUCAGCUGUGAGGCCCCCAAUCAGCCUUUGUCCUAAGAAUCCACUUUCCCAUUUAGCUGUACCCCCAUGGGCUGACUUCCAUGGGAAUAACUUCUGUGUAGAUCUGGACUGGCCUGAGCAACUUGCCAGGUGCUAAGCCAUCUUCCCAAGGCAUCGAAAGGUUUUUAUAUUUUUACAUAUCUACCAGACUUCUUCAGUGAUGACCCACUUUUUACAGAAGCGGGCGUGAUGCCAGCAUGAAUUCUCAUAUGUAUAAGAACUGUCACAUUAAAUGAGGAUGUUUAUAACACGAUUUCCUUGCAUGAAAGAGCUCUAAUCUAGGGACCUGAAUGCUGUUCUAGUAAGGGGGGAGGGGCUGCUUGUGGGUACAGAAAAU